CACUGGCGUGCAUCUCCCUGCCCGAUCGACACAAGCGCCAACGGUCCAUCUCUCUGCCGGUCCGUCCAUCUGCCCUGCCGCUCCUCCGGACUGCUUCCCCCCCCUCCCACGCACUCAUAAGAACACCGCAGCACACAUGUCGUCCCAGGCCGCCAUCAACUCCCUUGUCGAUCUGCUUGCAUCCAAGCUCAAGCGUCUCCAGGUCCGCGGCUCCUACAACGUCGCCAUCGAAACCGCAGGACUGUUGCGCAAGGUCACCUCGGCGUCCCGAUGGAAUUCGCUGCAGAGCCUGAUCUCGACCAUCAAGGACGUCGGAAGGCGGCUCAUUGCCGCCCGGCCCAUCGAAAUCGCCGUCGCCAACAUCGUCCGACGAGUGCUCUAUCUGGCCCGCGAGGAAUACGAGGCCCUGGUGGAGCAGCACAUCAAUACCCACGGCUCGGCCGACACAUUCGAUCUCAACGAUCGAGACACCAUGUCAAAUUUCCGUGGUAUCCUUGCCGAGAGUAUUGCCGAAUUGGUCGACGAACUCACCAGCGCCAGCGCCAACAUCUCCGGACAGGCCCUGGAGCAUAUCCAUUCCAACGAAAUCAUCAUGACCAUCGGAUACUCGCAGACAGUCGAGGCGUUCUUGAAGGAGGCCGCCAAGGUUCGCAAGUUCCAAGUGAUCGUUGCCGAGACAGCGCCUCAUUUUGAGGGCCACCAAAUGGCUCUGGCACUGUCGACUGCGGGCAUCGACACGACCGUGAUCUCGGACUCUGCCAUCUUUGCAGUUAUGGCCAGAGUCAACAAGGUUCUUUUGGGCACACAUGCUGUCACGGCCAACGGCGGCUUGGUUACUGUCGGCGGAAGCUUGAUCAUGGCUUCGGCUGCGAAGCAUCACUCCACCCCCGUCGUUGUCUGUGCGGGACUAUACAAACUCUCCCCGCUGUACCCCUACGACACCGACAUCUUCAAUCUCUGCGUGAGCCCCGAUCCCGUCUACAACUUCCAAGAAGGUGAUAUGAUCGACAAGAUUGAUGUCAUCAACCCCUUCUUUGACUACGUCUCGCCCGAGCUCGUCAACUUGUUCAUCACCAACGUCGGUUCACACCCGCCGUCGUACAUCUACCGACUUUUGACAGAGUCGUACAGCUCGGACGACAACGAGCUCUGAUCGUCGCGGACUGCUUGUUGCGCUUGUGCUCGGCAGUCGACAGUAACUGCGACCUCAAACCUCACCCCUUUCGUUCGGGAUUCAUCUCUCCCACCUGCACUCACUUGCUGGGCAGUUUGUUGUAUAUCACCUUCCUCCCGACUGCAGCCCUCUCAGGAUCAAAUAUAGUUCAGACCAGAGAGCACGGGACACCCCA